AUGGCAAAGUUUUUUGCCCCAGGCUACUUCAUUUUAUUUUUCAUCAUGAGUCAUUUAAUGUCCAUAAUAGGGAAGUUGAAGAAUUAUUGGAACGCUUCAAGUAUUCCUCAUGAACUUCUUUCCCUUGAUAUUGCAGCUAGGCUUAGUACUGACUCAGAUGCCAUAGAGGCAGCUUCCACUGAUUUUGGAAAUAUUAUUAAAGAAAAACCAGCUGCAGUUCUUUAUCCAUCCACCAUUAAGGAUAUACUCGAUCUCAUCAAGUUAUCCUAUAAUACACAUAUCCCUUUUACCAUCACGGCGAGAGGCCAUGGCCACUCAGUGAGGGGCCAGGCCAUGGCGCGAAAUGGGGUUGUCGUGGAUAUGAAUUCUUUAAAGAAUAACUACAGAACUGGAAUUAGGGUUAGUUGGGAUGCUUCGUUAGGGUUUUAUGCAGAUGUUGGAGGUGAGCAGCUUUGGAUUGAUGUUUUGAAUGCCACACUUGUGCAUGGACUUGCUCCUGUCUCGUGGACUGAUUAUCUGUACCUCACUGUUGGUGGAACUCUAUCUAAUGCUGGAAUCAGUGGCCAAACUUUUCGUUAUGGUCCUCAAAUUAGUAACGUUCAUGAGAUGGAUGUUAUUACAGGUAAAGGAGAAUUUGUGACUUGUUCCAAACACACGAAUCCAGAACUGUUUUUUGCAGUUUUAGGAGGUCUAGGGCAGUUUGGAAUCAUAACCAGGGCAAGAAUUGUCUUAGAGAAAGCACCAACUAGAGUGAAAUGGGUGAGAAUUCUGUAUUCUGAUUUCUCUAAAUUCACAAGAGACCAAGAACAUCUCAUCUCAAUUGAAGGCCUGGACUACGUAGAAGGAUCUCUCAUGAUGAAUCAAAGUCCUCCAAAUAACUGGAGAUCAUCCUUUUUCUCACCUUCUAAUCAAACCAAAAUAGCUUCCUUGUUGUCAAAAAAUGACAUUAUCUAUUGCUUAGAAAUGGUCAAGUACUAUGAUGAUCAAAGUGCUAACACAAUUGAUGAGGAAAUGCAGAAAUUACUUGAAGGGUUGAAAUUUAUACCUGGAUUCAUGUUCACAAGAGAUGCAACCUUUAUGGAUUUUCUGAAUAGAGUUAGAAGUGGGGAGGUAGAGCUGCAAUCAAAAGGUCUAUGGGAUGUUCCUCAUCCAUGGUUCAAUCUUUUUGUACCAAAGUCCACUAUCAUGGAUUUCAAUGUUGGUGUCUUUGUGGACAUCAUUCUUAGACAAAACAAGGCCACUGGACCCAUCCUUGUCUACCCAACAAGCAGGAAAAAGUGGGAUGAAAGAAUGUCAGCAGUGAUACCAGAAGAGGAUAUAUUCUAUUGUGUGGGGCUACUGUAUUCUAGUGGGUUCGAUGACUGGGAGGUUUUGGAUAGCCUAAAUGAUAAAAUCCUAAUGAAUUGUAAUAAAAAGGGCCUCAAGAUCAAGCAGUACCUUCCACAUUACAAAACCAAGGAGGAUUGGAUGAAACAUUUUGAUGAAAAGUGGAACACUUUCCAACAAAGGAAGAUCCAGUUUGAUCCUAAGAUGAUUCUAUCACCAGGACAAAGAAUCUUUACUUUUACUUCUUUUUAG